AUGGUAUUUUCAUCGUUCAUUCGAUUUGCCAAAUUUUCAACAAAAUCAUCAUCACAUACUACAUCAACUAUUCAUAAUCAUUUUUUUCAAGCAUCAUAUCCUUAUUUAAAUACAAAUUAUUAUUUUCAUGGUUUACAAAAACAUAGUAAAUUUGCUCAUAGAACUAAAUGGUGGAAUAAAGCUGAGACUGGAUCUACAAGUAAUUCCAAUUCAUUUUUAACUAUAUCAAAUGGUCAUUAUGGUUUAUAUUAUUCAAUGUAUAAUAAAGAAUCAGAAAGAAAAGAAAAACAAAAUAAAUAUGAAAGAUAUAUUAAACAUUAUUUAUUAAAACAAUUUCAUGAAGGUGAUAGAACUAAAUUUAGACAAUGUAUGUUUAGAAGAUCUCAUCAUUAUAGAAAAAAUUAUGGUCAUUAUCAAAAUUAUAGAAGAACUCGUCAUUUAAAAAAAUUUUUACAUUUAAAAUUAAUACUUAUUGGAUUUACAGCAAAAUUUUUAAUAUCAAAAGUAAUAAAAGAUUCUCAAUUAAAUAUAGAUAAUUUUAAAACUUUUUCAUCAAAAUUUAUUUCUUCAUGUUUAUUUAAAAAUUUGGCUACAACAAAUCAAUUUUCAUCACCAUAUUCAUCAAUCCAACUGUCAGAUAAUGUAUUUUCAUUAGGUAUUUCGAAAAGGUCAUUCACUACCAUUUCUCAUACACAUCGUGAUAAUAAACCAUUACUUCAAUUAAAAGAACUACCUCAAAAGGAUGAAAAAGUACAAGAAGUUUUAACGGAAGAAGUUGAUGAUUUUGAAACAAACUUUUUACAAACACAAGUAAAAACGAUUAACGAUGCAUAUGACAAUCACAAAUCACCAGAAGACCUCAAUAUCAUAUACCCAAUGUACCAAGCAGUUAAAAGAAAUAACUUAACUUUACCGUCAAUUGAAGAUUACAACGUUGUUUUGAGAUCAAUUAUAGAAAGAGAUCUCGAUAAUAAUCUUGACUUAAAGUCUAUUGAAUCAAAACUUACAAAUUUACUCAGCAUUUAUCAAGAUUUAUUACAAUCCGGAAUCAAACCUAAUAGCGAAACAUACAAGUUGGUGAUCAAUUCAUUAUUGGACAGUAGUAUAAGCUGCUCCAAAAUCAAAUGCACAAAUCAUAUUCAAUAUAAUGAAAUAAGAAAUAGAACAAAAGAAUUUACACAAUUAAGUUUUGAGUUGAUACAAACAGUCAAUAACCAAAUUGAUAAAUUUUCAAUUUUAUCAAAGAUUGUUGUUCUUGGGGCAAAAUUUCCAGAAUUAUUAAAUAAAAAUUUGUUAUUGAUAUUUGAUGAAUGUACAAAUAAUAUUGACACUUUGAAUUUACAAGGAUGUAUGGAUGUUUUCAAAUUAAUCCGUUUUUCUAAAAGAUUCUCAUUAAUGGAUGAGGAAAAAACUUACAAAAUUAUAGAACAAGCUUAUCAAAGAAUUAGACAGUUUGACAAUGUAAAUGAUUUUGAAGUUUAUCAAAUGGUAUUGAUAGCCUUAAUUGACAAUAAUUUCAAAAACAAUGCAACAGAAUUGUUAGAUAACAUUUUAAUGGAUUAUAAAGAAUCUUUACAAUUUAUGAAACGUCCAAAUAAAUCAGAAGUUAGUAAUUUAUUGGGAGCAUUUUUAAAAUCAUAUACUGAAAAUGUCAAUGUCUCUAAAGGAUUAGAAUUGAUGAAAAAAUUUCAAUCAAUUGCAUACUUACCAGAAUUACCAAUAUCUCUGUACAAUUUUAUUAUAAACAAAUUGCAAUCAAAUGAUGAUCACUAUAAUGACAUGUGGGCGCUUUAUAAUCGAAUUGCUUUAAGAAAAGAUUAUCAAUCAACUAGCACCAUAUCAAUUAUUCAAGAAAAUGAUGACUUAUGUUGCAGAGAUACCUUAAUAGCACUUGCUAUUCAAAAAGGGGAUCAUGAAAGAGUUUUUCAAUUGUUGAAAGAGAUUCUGUUGAAAGAACAUUUGAUCGGUGAUUAUCAAAUUAUGAGAAUGGUUUGUAAUUAUUUAAGUAAUGGGGUAAUGUUUAGCAAAUCCGAAGGUGAAUAUUUCAAUCAACAAUAUUUUGGAUUACUUUCACAAUUACUUGAAUCUCAAUCAAAACAUUACCAGAGUUCAACAAAUUUAAAUGAUUUUAUUUCAGAAUAUGCUCAAUUUUUAACUAUUCCAAUUCCAUCUGAAUUUAUAUCUAAUAAAUUAGCUAUUUCAAGUAUUUCAAAUUAUAAUGCUCAAUUUUUAAUGUCAUCUCAAUUACCUUUUAAAUGUCUUGAAAAUUUUGAUUUAAAUGAAGAUAAUUUAUAUGGAUUAGUUAUUAUUGCUAGACAAGUAAUGUUAUAUUCAGGAAAUGAUGAAAAUAUUUUAAAUAAAAUUGCAUUUUUUGAAGCUAGUUUAAUUAAUCAUUUUGAAGAUUCUGCAAAUCAUUAUAUUGAAUUGACUGAUGAAGUUCUUGAAUUUAAAAAACAAUUGAUUGAACAUUUUAAAAAUUUAAUGAUGAAUAUAACAGUUACUAAUUAUGAAAUUACUGAGGCAUGUAAACAUUUGAAUAUUGAAUCGAAAUCUGAUGAAACAUUUGUAAGGGAUCACAAUUCAGAUUUGAGUGUUUUGUUAAAUAUCAACUACAAAAAAGGAGUUGCUCAAUUUUUGGACCAAUUGGAAAAAGGUUUUAUAUUCCCAGCUAGAAAUUGGGAUAUAAUAAUAAAUGAAAAUUUCAUUAAUGAAAAUUAUUCAAUUAUUGAUCAAAACUUUUUACAAAGACUUUGGGAAACAAAUUGUGAAGAAGAGAAGAAAUUGGCUUUAUUACAAAGAUUAAUUAUGUACAAUAAUUUCGAGAUUAAUAAUUCCAUCUUGAAUUUUAUAAGUGAUCAACAAAUUUACGAUACUGAAAUUUUGUCAUUGAUUUUUAAGAGUUUGGACGGUAACUUGAGUGGAAUUCAAAAUUUUGAUUUUAAGUCGGCUAUUGAGACCAAUGAAAAUGCAAAAUGGAUUUUGUCAUAUUUCAACUAUUUGAAACAAAUGAAUGAAUUUGAGAAGAUAAAAUCUGAUGAAAAAUUUAUUACAAAAAGAUCUGAUGAUAUUAAAACAUUGAUACUUGAAGCAGAGAUGGAAACGGAUUUAUCACAUUUUCAAGAAAUGAUUGAAAAAGUAGGUGUGGAAGAUAGUACAAAAUUAGAGCCGUUACUCAUCAGGCACGACUUAAAAAAGGGAGUUUCAGCUGAUUCAAUUUUACACAAGCAGUAUUCAAAUUCAAGUAAUGAAAUGAUUGAAUUGAUAUCAUUUGUUAAAUUAUUGGAUUCAUUACAACAACAUAAAUAUUCUUUUGAUGAUAGAUUUUUCGUAUCGGUAAAACACAUUGCUAAUGCUUUAUUGACAAGUGGUAAUUUAUCAGAAAUGAAAAAGAUCAUCACAAACAACAAAAUUAAUGAUAAAGAACUAUUAAUCACAACUAUGUUACAAUCUUUGAUAGAUUUAUCAAAAUUACCAAUAAACAAUUUAUCACAACCAAUAAUCAAUAGACUUUUAACAUUUAUAAAAUUUUUUAAAAUCUUGGACAUUGGAAGUUCAAUUAAAAUAGAAAAUUUUUUACAAAUUUUAACAAUUUUAAAAUUAAAUAAAUCUGAUUUAAUUGAAAUUAUUAAAAAUAAAUUAAUUGGACCAAAAAAUCAAAUUUCAGAUAUUAUUAAUUUUUAUUUUCUUGAAGUGAGUUUAUUUAAUCAAAGUGAUAAGCAACGAGUAUAUAAUUAUAUAAUGACCAGUUAA